AUGGCACAAGACCUACCAGCUCCUAUUCUCGCGGGUGCACUUGUAGCGAACACUUGGCUUCGAUUAGUUGACUCAUCGCUGGAGCCUCUCGAGAUUUCUGAAAAUUACCUCAUGAUCUUCGCCGAAUCAGUCGAUAACUCCACAUUUGCGCAUCAUUAUCUCCGAAUAUCCGACUUAGGCCUGCGUCUCGAUCGAUUACGGGUUGCAGAGGAGCGGGAUGGAUUUGAACCAGAUGCAAAGCCAUUGUGGUGUCGCCUUGAGUACGAGUGUUUAUUCUGGGCUGUUCAACUUCCUACAUCGUUACUUGAUCUUCGCGAUGAGAUGCCAGCUCGACCAGAGGCGAUCACAAUUCACUCGCUCCAUAAUCUGGUGGUUCUGAAAUUCUAUGCGACUGUUCUAAGUCGACAAGACACUCUUGGCACCAUGUUAGCCUUACGUCCAGUUCCAGGUGUACUGCAUUAUAUUUGUUCCUUGGUUCGGUCAGUUUUCAUCUGUCCGCGGGAGAUGCUCAUUCACUGGUCUCUACUAUCGGACAUUCAGGCUGCAACGGCUCGUAUAGUUCUACAACUAUGGCGUCAAACACAGUUUGAGAAUUUUCAAGGCCUUCUGAACCUUUGGGAUGACGCACUUGGCCGCUAUCCGGAGUUGGCCCAGGAAGUGCGGGACGAGAUUGGUCCUGGGCCCUGGAAUAUCGAUCAGACGGACGGCUAUUCUGUGUUUUGGACAUUUCGCGAUCUUCGGAGUUUGCAUCUGCAAGAUGCUUUUCCUCAGCUCGCUGAAGCUACUAUGCCCUCGCCAAAUACUCUUAUCGAUUAA